AGUACAGUAAAGUCCACUCCAGGCCUGUCCAUUCUAGUUCAGUCCAGUCCAUUCCAGUACCGUCCAGUCCAGUCCAGUCCACUCCAGUGCAGUCCAUUUCACGCCAGUUCAGUCCAGUCCAGUCCAGUUCAGUCCAGUCCAGUCCAGUCCAGUCCAGUCCUGUUCAGUCCAGUCCAGUCCAGUCCAGUCCAGUCCAAUCCAGUCCACUCCAGUCCACUGCAGUCCAGUCCAGUCCAGUGCAGUCCAGUCCAAUCCAGUCCAAUCCAGUUCACUCCACUCCAGUCCGGUCCAGUUCAGUCCAGUCCAGUCCAGUCCACUCCAGUCCAGUCCAGUUCAGUCCAGUCCAGUCAAGUUCAGUUUAGUACAGUUAAAUCCACUGCAGUCCAGUCCAGUUCAAUCCAGGCCAGUCCAGUCCAGUCCAGUCCAAUCCACUCCAGUCCAGUUCAGGCCAGUCGAGUGCAGUCUAUUUCAGUCCAGUCCAGUCCAGUCCUGUCCAGUACAGUCCAGUACAGUUCAGCCCAGCCCAGUCCAGUCCAGUCCAGUCCAGUCCAUUUCAGUUUUGUCCAGUCCAGUCCAGUGCAGUGCAUCCAAGUACAAUCCAGUCCAGUCCAGUCUAAUCCAGUAGAGUCCAACACAGUCCAGUCCAUUCCAGUCCAGGCCAGGGCAGUCUUGUCCAGUCCAGUCCAUUCCAGUACGGUCCAUUCCAGUCCAGUCCACUCCAAUGCAGUCCAGUUCACGCCAGUUCAGUCAAGUCUAGUCCAGUCCAGUCCAGUCCAGACCAGUCCAGUGCAGUUUAGUACAGUCAAGUCCACUCAAGUCCAGUCCACUCCAUUCCACUCCAGUCCAGUCCAGUCCAGUCCAGUCCAGUCCAGUCCAGCCCAGUCCAGUCCAAACCAGUCCAGUGCAGUUUAG